CCAUUGCGACAGCUGCCAUCGCUUUUGAAUAUGGGUGAAUGCAUAUGGAGAGGUUUUGUUUAAAUCUGUAGAUUUUAUUAUACUCCAGAUGAUUCCAGGAAAAGUUCUAAAUUUUUUUCUAGUAAAAAUUUUCACUUUUCAAUUACGAUUCGUUUUUCAAAGCACAGGAAGUGUGUACUUGAUUUUCGUAGUGCGAUAAUUGCGUUUUGGAUAGUGGCUCUCGAUCGUCUCAACUAUUGACAAGUGAUAAUUUAUUUAAAAAUGAAUGACAAAGUACCGAAACAUUUUGAGCUCGGUACAAAGGGAUACAAACCUACUACAAACGAUAGCAUUGUUUCAUUUUGGAAAAAGCAAUCACCUGUCGGCUAUGUACAUACGAAAAAAAUGUGACACUUGUGCAUUUAAAUGAAAUUACCAAUUGAAAUGGAAGAGAUAAUUUUCCCACUUGGUAAUUAUGCGCGAGGCUCCCAGGUUAAAUUCUGGUUGGGUAGGAUGAGAUCUACCCCUUUAAAGUCGAUUGUCAUGGUCACUUAGUCAGUCGAAUUAGAGGCUGUGACAAUCUACUGACCUUUGGAAUCGUAUAAAGUCCCGAGGAUGGUUGGUAAUUGAGCAAUUUGCUAAUGACAAACAUUUGAAAUGCCUCUGAAGAAAAUUAAAGUUCUGGAACUGGCAGGGCUUGCUCCAGGCCCUUUCUGCGGGAUGAUCCUCGCGGAUUUUGGAGCCACUGUCAUCCGUGUAGAUAAGAUAGGCCUAAAACAACACGAUUACAUCGCACAUGGAAAGAGAUCUAUUGCCUUGGACUUGAAGUCCCCCAAGGGAGUGGAAAUAUUUAAAAAAUUGAGCAAUAAAAGCGAUGUGCUAAUAGAUCCUUUCAGAAAGGGGGUGAUGGAACGAUUGAAAUUGGGCCCUGCAGACCUCAUGAGCUCCAAUAAAAAGCUUAUCUAUGCGAGACUCACUGGAUACGGUCAGGAAGGUCCUUACGCCGAAAUGGCAGGUCACGACAUAAAUUACGUGGCAUUAUCAGGGCUUCUCUCCCUCCUCGGACGGGCCAAGGAGAAACCAACACCUCCCGUCAACUUUGCUGCGGAUUUUGCUGGUGGAGGACUGACGUGUGCUCUGGGAAUCAUGAUGGCUCUUUAUGAGCGAAGCCAGAGUCAGAUGGGGCAGGUCAUCGAUGCAUCCAUGGUCGAGGGCUGUGCUUAUGUUGGGAGUUGGCUGUUCAGAACGCAGAAGAGUGUGUUUUGGGGAAGACCACGGGGACAAAAUAUAGUGGAUUGUGGUGUUCACUUCUACGAUACGUAUGAAACAAAGGAUGGAAAAUUCAUGGCAGUGGGUGCACUGGAGUCCAACUUCUACUCGAUAUUCCUGGAAAAACUAGGCCUCACCGACGAGGAAGUACCCCAGUUCUCGAAUUUUGAGGAAAACAGGGAGAAGUUGUCGGCUAUAUUCAAGCAGAAGACCCAGGACGAGUGGAGUAGAAUUUUUGACGGCACCGAUGCCUGCGUGACCCCAGUGCUGUCCAUAGAGCAAGCCCCGAACCAUCCACACAAUAAAUUCCAGAAUUCCUUUGCUGUGGGAAACGAUGGAAUUGUUGUUCCUAAGCCGUCUCCGAGGCUGUCCAGAACGCCUGGAAAAUCAAAUUUCGAGGAGAAGAAUCCAGUCCCUGGGGAAAACUCCAGGGAAAUUCUGUCCGAAUUUGGCUUUGGAGCUAAUGAAAUCGACGAAUAUGUUUCUUCGGGAGUUGUGCAACAGGUUCUUCGAAAAUCGAAGCUGUGAUUGAUAAUAACAUUUUUUGUAAUUAGUUUUUUCGCAUAUAUGGAGUAGGAUUUUUUUUAUUGACAUGAGGUGAUAUGCAGGAAAAUAGGUUUUAGCUUGAAAAUCAUUGACGUUAUUAAGAAGAAUUUGAAAACUGAAGAAAUGUUGGAAUUUUAUUUAUUUUUCCUUCUUCCUUAUGCGAAAAGGGAAUUAAUAAGUUAAAUGACUUUAUUAAAAAUAUAUAUUGUUAAAAACGAGGAAUAAAUGUAAUCAUUUUGG